AUGGAUGAAGCACAGGGAAGUUCGAGUUUACCUCCUUUUCUGGCAAAGACUUAUGAGAUGGUGGAUGAUCCUUCCUCGGAUCCUAUUGUUUCUUGGAGUAUGAAUAACAAAAGUUUUGUUGUGUGGAAUCACCCGGAGUUUGCUAGGGUUUUGCUCCCGAGAUUCUUUAAGCAUAAUAACUUCUCCAGUUUUAUCAGGCAGCUGAAUACAUAUGGAUUUAGGAAAGUUGAUCCAGAACAAUGGGAGUUUGCUAAUGAUGAUUUUGUUAAGGGGCAGCCGCAUCUUAUGAAGAAUAUCCAUAGACGGAAGCCGGUUCAUAGCCAUUCUCUGCAUAAUCUUCAAGCACAAGCUCCUUUAUCAGAGUCUGAAAGGCAGAGUUUGAACGAUGAAAUAGAGAAACUGAAACACGAUAGAGAACAGCUCAUAAUGGAGAUAAAUAGAUACCAACAUGAGUGGCAAACAUAUGAGAUCCAAAUGCAUUGCUCAAAAGAUCGGUUGGAAAAGUUAGAACAAAAGCAGCAAAAGAUGUUGUCUUCUGUUUCUCAAGUACUGCAGAAACCUGCGGUUGCUGUAAAUCUCUUGCCACUGACAGAAACAAUGGAUAGAAAACGAAGGUUGCCGGCGAGAAGUGGCCGUGUUGAUAAUGAAGCUAGUAUGGAGGAAGAUGGUAUGGAAACUUCGGUAGCUUUGCCCAGAGAAAUUGCAGAGAGUAACACUCUUUUGACAUCAAACUCAGAGAGAUUGGAUCAACUUGAGUCAUCCGCGGCAUUUUGGGAAACUGUUGCAAACGAAAUCGCAACUAGAAGCUGA